AAAGCUUUUCGUAACUAAUAAAGGGUUUAACAGGAUUUGUAAAAAAAAAAGGGUUUACGAGAGGAAGAGAAAACUGUAACAGUUCUGAAUUCAUCCAUCACCCAAAAACAUGUUGUUAUGCCGGCUUCUCCGCCGCUCUCUCCGUUCAUCCACCGUCCCUCCCAUUUCUAUCACCGUACGUUCAUUCGCUUUUUCCUCCGCCGAAGAAGCAGCGGCUGAGCGUCGUCGUCGUAAGCGAAGACUUCGCAUCGAGCCUCCCUUGAACGCAAUCCGUCCUCCACCUCACCAACACCAAUCCCGCGACCCUAACGCUCCUCGCCUUCCCGAUUCAACCUCGGCGCUUGUAGGACCUCGACUCAACCUCCACAACCGUGUCCAAUCCCUAAUUCGCGCAGGUGACCUAGACGCCGCCUCCGGCGUAGCUCGCCAUUCAGUAUUCUCAUCUACUCGACCCACCGUGUUUACUUGCAACGCUAUCAUAGCAGCCAUGUACCGCGCCAAGAGGUACAAUGAAGCUAUUGCUCUUUUUCACUUCUUCUUCAACCAAUCUAACCUUGUUCCUAAUAUUGUUUCUUACAACAACUUAAUCAAUACUCACUGCGACGAAGGCCGCGUCGAUGUGGCUCUUGGGAUUUUUCGCCACAUCAUUGCUGAAGCACCUUUUAGCCCUUCUCCUGUUACGUUUCGCCAUCUUACUAAAGGUUUGAUUAGUGUUGGUCGCAUUGAUGAAGCUGUUGAUCUUUUGCGUGAGAUGUUGAACAAAGGACAUGGUGCUGAUUCAUUGGUUUAUAAUAAUAUGAUAUUGGGUUUUCUUGAACUUGGUAAUUUGGAUAAAGCUAAUGAGCUUUUUGAUGAACUUAAGGAAAGGUGUUUGGUUUAUGAUGGUGUUGUCAAUGCUACUUACAUGGAUUGGUUCUUUAAUCAGGGAAGAGAUAAGGAGGCUAUGGAUUCUUACAAGUCAUUAAUGGAUCGCCAGUUUAGGAUGACCCCGGCAACUUGUAAUGUUUUGUUGGAGGUUUUGCUUAAGCAUGGUAAGCAAAAGGAGGCUUGGGAAUUGUUUGAUCAGAUGUUAGAUAAUCACACUCCUCCUAAUUUUCAAGCUGUAAAUUCUGAUACUUUUAAUGUCAUGGUUAAUGAGUGUUUUAAGCUUGGUAAGGUUGAUGAAGCUGUUGCUACUUUUAGGAAGGUCGGAACCAAACCUAAUUCUAAGCCUUUUAUAAUGGAUGUUGCCGGGUAUCGUAACAUUAUCUCUAGAUAUUGUGAGAGUGGGAUGUUGUCUGAAGCUGAAACAUUGUUUCAAGAGCUGUGCUCUAAGUCUUUGAGCCCGGAUGUGCCUACUCACACGACUUUGAUAGAUGGGUAUUUGAAAGCGGAUAGGAUUGAUGAAGCCUUGGGGAUAUUUAACAAAAUGGUGGAUUCUGGUUUGAGGGUGGUUGCUACCUUUGGCAACAGGGUGUUUGAUGAAUUGAUUAAGAAUGGUAAAGCUGUUGAGUGUGCUCAGAUUUUGAGCAAAAUGGGAGAAAAAGAUCCUAAGCCUGACCCCACUUGUUAUGAAGUUGUGAUCAAGGGGCUGUGUAAUGAAGGUUUGUUGGAUAAAAGCAGAGAGUUGUUGGACGAGGUUAUGAGGUAUGGUGUUGGGGUAACUUCUGCCUUGCGUGAAUUUGUGACUGAUGCUUUUAAAAAUGAUGGGAGAGGUGAGGAGAUUGAGAGGCUCUUAGAUAUGAACCGAGCUGGAUACAAUCCCCGUCCAAGACCUGCAUACCGUCCACCACCGGGAAGGUCCCCUUCUCAAAUGUCUGGAUCACAUAACCCAACUUAUGGGCUUCCACAACAGCGCCCACCACUGCCUUCUGCUCAGAUGGUUGGAGUGCACAACCCAGUGUCUGAAUUUCCAUCUCAAAUGGCAGCACCUCAGCGAUACCAAACACAACCUUCUCAAGUUGCAGGAACACAUAACCAACCUUCUGGGUAUCCAACUCAAAUGGCAACACAAAACUCCUCACCACGCUUCGAUACUCGAACGGCUGGAGCACGCAACCCGCCUUCUGAGUUUCCUUCUCAAAUGGCAGCACCUCAACGAUACCAAACACCGCCUUCUCAAGUGGCAGGAACACAUAAUCAAUCUUCUGGAUUAUCGGCUCAAAUGCAAGUACAAAAUUUCCCACCAAACUUUGAUAAUCGAAUGGCUGGAGCACAUAACCACCACUUUCCCUCUGGAUAUCAACCUCAAAAUUCAGGGCAGCAACACCCACAACUGCCUUCUCAAAUGACAGGGCAGCAACUCCCACCACUGCCUCCUCAAAUGGGAGGAAUGCAUCGUCACCCUCCAUGGGGAGCUAAUUCAACAGGGCAGUCUCACCACCCUCAAUACCAAUAUCCUCCUAAUAUGCAAAGGGUAUCUCCUCAAACAACCCCAAAUCCUUAUACACCAUAUGAACCUUCUCAUCAAAUGGCAGGACAUCAGCCAUAUGGAUCACCAUCUGGGUCCCAACAAAGGGUAGAGCAACCAUAUCCACCGUCAGGGCAACAUUAUCCACUGUCAGGACCAACUCCUCCAAUGUCAGGGUCUUCUCUUCAAUCAGCUAAAGCAUCAGGGCAAUAUUAUGCAGCACCAGGAACAUCUUCUGAGAUUACAGGAUCAAAUCACCCAUCAUCAGGAGCCCCUCCUCACUUUGAAGAAAUACAUCAACAGCAAUUAGAAGUUCCUGAACAGGUUGCAGUCUGAUCAUUGAAGUUCAAUCUAAUCCUUAAUGUUGCCGGUUUUCUUUGAAUCUAGAAAAGGGUUUAUCGAUCAUUUUAUAUUGUGUCAGUGUCCUGCGAUGCUUACUUCUGAUGAUCAGAAUCACUAGUUAUGUAUGAGUUUAUAUGGGAAUAAUUUUAUAUUUUUUGGUCAGUGACAUGUAUUGCAUUUGUUGUAUGACAACUUAUUUUAAUUUAUUCCUGUAACUCAACCCUUAAUAUUUAAUACAUCACAGAAUGCUAUUGAAUUUUCUGGUAAACUGUUUAGAGAGUUUAAUUUGGCAUUGAAAUGUAAUUGGUGCUAUUUUCCACCUUCUAUGGUAGUCAAGUUAUUGAAUUUUGAUCUUUUCUCCUA